ACAAGGCCUUGCUUUAUUUCUUUUUUGUUGUUUUAACCUCUUUUGUUUCAAAACAGACACGAAGUCUUCUUAUCCGCCUAAAGAACUGCUAAAAAGGACGAGUUAAAGACUUUUGUAAAGUAAUUUUAUCGCAUCAACUUGAGACACAUGCUAUUUUGGUGUGAAGUUGAUUUGCUCCUCGUUGUUUUCGUUGUGAAACCUGCCAGUUAAUCAAAACCCAAGCAUGRCAGACGGUGUUCCGUAUACCAUACAUGGUAAAAAGGUGAUUUUCCCUUGUAAAGCUUAUCCAACUCAACUCUCGAUGAUGGACAGGAUCAUGAAAGGUCUUGAACGUCGUCAACAUUGUCUAUUAGAGAGUCCUACAGGAAGUGGCAAAAGUCUGGCUCUACUUUGUUCUUGUCUUUCUUGGCAGUGUGCUGAAUAUGAGAAAGCAAAGCAACAAAAAGAACAAAAGAACAGCAAUGAUAGUCCAAGCUGUGAUUCAUCUACUUCCCCAAUAAAACCAUCCAUUAGUCCUUCACCAGUAAAACCAGGCAUAUGUCCUUCACCAGUAAAACCAGGCAUUAGUUCUUUGCCAGUAAAACCAGGCAUUAGUUCUUUGCCAGUAAAACCAGGCAUAAGUCCUCCAAUAAUUGACCUCACCUCAUCACCAGUUACACCAAAACCAACAAAUCCACCAAAAACAGAGGAACCAAACAAAUCUUUCACUGAAGAAGAAGAGGAAGAUUUCAAGUCUGACAAACGAUUUCGAACACCACAUGGAUCUAAGUCAUUUAGCACUGGUAUUGAUUCAAGCUUCAGUGAGAAUAAGUCAAACACCUCUAUAAGUGAUUCCAGUGCUGCUGUCAGUCCUCCUGAAUGGAAAAUGGAAUUGAAGAAUGAAAAAGCUGAGAACUCUCCAUGUGAUAAUGAUGCUAAAAAGAAAGAGAAAAUGAAUGCUCCAAUUAAAGUUCCCAAGAUAUAUUUUGGAACAAGAACUCACAAACAAGUAUCGCAGAUUGCUCGUGAACUGGGAAAGACAGCAUAUAAACACACUAGAAUGUGCAUUCUGUCAAGCCGUGAGCACACAUGUAUUCAUCCAAAAGUAUCAAAGGGACCCAACAAGAAUGAAGAAUGCAAGAAACUCAGGGAUCCUUUUGUCAAGGGAGACACAUGUAUCUAUUAUGAAAGGAAGAACUCUGGGAUAGGUUCACAAGCAGCCAUUAAAAGCCAAGGUCUGUCAGCAGCAUGGGAUAUUGAAGAUUUUGUUAAACUAGGCAGAAAGAACAGGGCUUGUCCUUAUUAUGCCGCAAGAGAACUAAUGGAUGAAGCAGACAUUAUAUUCUGCCCUUAUAACUAUCUUAUUGAUCCUAAGAUACGAUCUCAGAUGGAAAUUGAUCUUGAAGAUCAAAUAGUGGUGCUAGAUGAGGCUCACAACAUUGAGGAUUCUGCAAGGGAGUCAGCAAGUUUAUCUGUAGAUACUCUAGAACUACAAGAAACACUGGAUGACCUGGAUAAAAUGAUUCAGUGGGGAGUCAUGGUAACAGAGUAUUCAUCAUUGCAUGUUAUGUGUGCAAGUGUGAAGCACUGGAUAGUGAAGUGCUCGGAAUUAGGCCAGAUGAAAGAUACAGGGUUUGAGCAGGCAGUGCUAGUUCUGUCAGGAGAGGACAUCUUCACUGGUCUCAAGGAAGCUGGCUUAACAAGUGCCUCCCUUCCUCUUUAUAAGAACGCUUUCAAUCAAAUAAUGGCAGCUGAUCGGGACCCUGAUAAUGACUAUAUGAAGACUGCUCCUACAUCCAAAAGUGUUUCCAUGUUGGAAGGAUUAUUCCUAGUUCUAGGUUAUCUUUUUGGAUUUGAGGGCAAGUUUGUGACAGACUACAGGGUUACCAUUCUUAAAACUGCUGUGUUUGUGAGAAAUGAGGCGGCUGCUGCAUGGAAAAGAGCAGGGAUAAGAACUCGUAAAGAAUGGAAAUACUCUCUGAACAUCUGGUGUUUCAAUCCUGCUGUGGUCUUUUCUCAUAUUGGUCAAGAAGCUCGCUGCAUUAUUCUAACAUCAGGGACAUUAUCACCAAUGAGCUCGUUUGAAUCAGAACUUGGUGUGGAUUUUCGUAUCAAACUAGAAGCUAAUCAUGUGAUUGCAAACUCACAAGUCUGGGUUGGUUCUCUUGCUGUUGGACCAAGUAGCUCACCUAUCAAUGCAACAUUUCGCUUUGCUGAGACUUUUAGCUUUCAAGAUGAUAUUGGUAAAAUUGUGCUGGAUGUUUGUCAGAAAAUUCCACAUGGUGUUUUGUGCUUUUUUCCUUCUUACAACAUGUUAGACAAAGUCAGUAAGCGAUGGCAGUCCACAGGUUUGUGGUCAAAACUACUCAAGAAAAAGUUGGUUCUUUCUGAACCUCGCAGUGGAAGUAAAUCAGACUUUGACGAUGUCAUGCAUGAGUUUUAUCAAGCAAUCAGAAGGAGUGAGGGAGAAGAAGACCUUGAUUGCACAGAUUCAGAUGAUGAAGAAUAUUAUGGAGGUGAAGGUGCUUUGUUUCUUGCUGUUUGUAGAGGAAAAGUCAGUGAAGGCCUGGACUUUGCAGAUAACAAUGCAAGGGCUGUUAUCACUGUUGGAAUACCAUUUCCAAAUACCAAGGAUCUAAAGAUUGACCUUAAACGAAAGUACAAUGAUUCGUUUUCAUCCAAACGAGGACUGUUGAAUGGCAGCGAAUGGUACGAAAUCCAAGCCUUCAGAGCUCUCAAUCAGGCUCUUGGUCGGUGCAUAAGACAUAAACAAGACUGGGGUGCCAUUCUACUCGUCGAUGAGCGCUUCAGUAAAUCCCCUCGAUAUUCUAACGGUAUUUCCAAAUGGGUUCGUCAAAGGCUUCAGCAUUACAGGGAUUUUAAACAAGCAGUCGAUUCCUUAAAGAAUUUUGCUGAUGCACGUCAACUCGACCCAUGCCCUGGCAGCAAGACUACGCCACGGUCAUCGUCGACGGGAGACUCAACUCCCACCAAGGAGAAUUCAUCCUUGGCAAGUAAUGGUGUCUGCACUCCGCUGACAUGUAAGAGCGAUGCCUCUAUGAAUACAAGGGGUUGUGCAGCUACAAAUCAAUCUUCAUCCGGUUCUCCUGUAGUUUUGCCAAAUCAGUUCGCCAACAACGCAAUGUCCACACCAAAAACUGUUGAUACCGCUCAUCAAACGACCGCAAUUACGGCACCAUUAACCCCUAGAGGAAUAGUUGGACAAACACCUCAGCUCACUCCUCAAACCGCACUGCAAGCAGUUCAUCAAGUUACAAUGCAAAACAUCGUUACGCCCGGUACUCAACAAACCAUCCAAGCACCGAUUAUAAACAUGGCUGGGGUUAGCAGACCGAUUGUCUACUUACCUCCCCAAGCAGGCCCCGCCUUGAAUCAAUCUGCACCACGUUUUAUAUUCAUACCCAAUAAUGCAAAUAACGUUUCUCCCAUGAAUCCUCGCGCCCUGAGACCGGUCACGCCUUCUACAGGCCCUCGUCCUCAGCAAGUUUUGUACCUAACGCCUGUAAGGUUGAACAACCAGACAAACGAUCAAACUUCACUGCCUAAUUCGACGAAAAAAGUUAUUAUGUUUACGACUCCUAACAAUGCAAACUUGAACACUUUACAGAAACCGGCGGCUACGGUCAAUCACGUGACUACUGGAAACAUAGGAUGUCACGUGGCCGGUGCUGUGAAUAAUGUUUCUUCUGGAAUGAAUGGGAAUUACUUCGACACUGUGCAAACUGUGACGUCUCAAGUGUACAACGUGAUUCCGCAGAUUAAAUCAGAAAAUAAGCCAUUUGUUUAUCCCAAUGGACAGACAGACAAAAAGGAUAGUGGUCCGGAAUUUUCUCCGGUGUGUCAACCCGUACAAAGCUCAACGUCCAAACCAGAAAUCAUCCAAAAUACAUUGGUCAAGAAGGAAGUGCUAUCAAGCCAGCCAACUGUAGAAAUAAACGAUGUCAAAGAAGAAAAACCGAAGAAAAACGACCAGGAAUCAUCAGAAGAUACAAAUGAAACACAACUARUCAGUGAUGUUGACAUGGCCAGCGUCGAGUCUCUUAACUCACCAGAACUGUUUUCAACACCACCAACUGGGGAAUCUCUUGACCAGGCUCUUUAUGAUGAUCAUGGCAGGACAGAGAGCAGAGAUGAAGAUGUAAAUGACGAUUCAGUUUCUAAUAUAUCAGCUACUUCCAAGGCAGUUAACAAGAAAACUAACGACUGUACAUUGACUGACGAGACUUCGCCUAAAAAGAUGUACGUAGAACACUCAACACAUACAACAGACCAAGAACUCUGUACAGAUGGAACACAACCUAUGCAAAAGAACUUAAGACGAGCGACGAGACGCACUUCAAAAGGAGAAAGGUUUAGUAUCAUGCAGAUCAGUACAGAAAGUGAUGGUGGUGGAAAUCCUCCGGUUGAGACACUACGAUGCAAGCAGUGUAAUAGCAUAGUUUAUGAAGGCCAACUAACCCAACAAACGAUUUCUUGCCAAGAAUUGACGGACUUGUUUGACAAAUUCUGCAGUCCAAAAACUCGCCUGGGUAAAAAGCGAAAAAGAGGCGACUCCAGUGUUAUCAACAGAGAAGUGAGGACGACAAUCGAUAUUGAUAGUAUACCUGUUACAGUACAAAUCUUAAAAACUUUACAAGGUGAAGUGUUCAAUGCGUUAUAUAAGGAUGAUGUGGUUUAUAUACCUAUCGAGUGUCGACAAUGUCGUGAUGAAACAGCUGUCAUUGGUGUUCAAGUCCUAAAACAAUCUUCAAAACAGAUAUUGUUUUUUAACGAAACAGUCUUCUGACCAAAAUCGAGUUACCGUUCGCUGAGGAUUUCGUAGCCGAUGACAAGCCACACGUGCCGUUCUCUCACUUCUGCCAUUUCUUAAUACCUCAGUAUACUCUUCAAGCAAAGAAAAAACGUAAUAAAUUCUCAAUAGAAGUCUUACCCAAAGAGCACAAAAAUGAUCAAAGCGAAGAAGCUUAAAAUUGAAAAUCCAAACAUAACUGCUUUUAUUAAAAAAAAUAUUUUCUUUUUGUAUCCGUAGUAUACGAUCAGUAAAAAAUAUGAUUAACGCUGUAAAAUCAAAACAAUUAAAUG